CAACAAUCUUUCAAACAAUAACAAUCUUUCAAACAGUAACAAUCUUUCAAACAGUAACAAUUACUCAAGCAAUAAAAUUUAUUCAAAUAAUAAAAAUUAUUCGAACUUUAACAGUCAUUCAAAGAGGGAAAUUAGUGGCAAUAAUUCUUCUGAUACUGAAUAUUUCACAUGGGACGAUAAACCUGUCAAUUUGACUAUUAUUCCAAACGCUGCAUAUAAGAAGAUAUUUUAUGGAAUAAAUUAUACUCCCGUAAAUGCUACUUACCCCUGGUGCACAAACACUUUAGGUGAUAUUAUAGAAGAUAUAAAAAUAAUUUCCCAAUUAACUAACAGAAUCCGGGUUUAUGGAAUGGAUUGUAAUAUCGCUGAUUAUACUAUGGAAGCAAUCCUUAAAUUAAAUUUGAGUAUGACUAUUGUUCCCACUAUUUGGGUUGAUAAUAAUGAUACUACCUAUCAAAGACAAUAUGAUCAUUUAUUUAAUUUCAUCGAAAAAUAUGGUGAAGAUAAAAUUGAUGGUAUUUUAGUUGGUAAUGAAGAUGCUGUAGAUGCAGUGUGGGCUAAUAUUCACCCAUAUUGGUAUGCAGUUAAUAUAACCGAAUCUGCAUCAUGGGUAUUUAAGACCUAUAAUGAAUCUGUCGUCCCACUUGCAGAAAAUGCUAGUAAAGACUCUGUUAUAUCUGAAGUCGGUUGGCCGACUGACGGAAAUGCACAAGGUUUUGCUAUUCCUAGUGUUCAAAAUUUACAAAUAUUUUUAGAUACUUUCAUUUGUUUAGCUAAUUUAAAAGGUAUUAAUUAUUACUAUUUUGAAGCUUUUGAUAUUCCUUGGAAGAGUGCAACUGGUCUAGUGGAAGGAA